GACUGACUAACGUCCGGACACCGUGUCACUGAUGGGCUUUUCUCGGCUCCGUCCCGGUACCCCGCACGCAGACCUCUCGGCCGGAAUCUCCAGGGAUGACCAGCCCCUCCCCGCGCAUCCAGAUAAUCUCCACCGACUCUGCCGUAGCCUCACCUCAGCGCAUCCAGAUCGUGACAGACCAGCAGACGGGACAGAAGAUCCAGAUCGUGACCGCAGUGGACGCCUCCGGAUCCCCGAAGCAGCAGUUCAUCCUGACCAGCCCGGAUGGCGCUGGAGCGGGGAAGGUGAUCCUGGCUUCCCCGGAGACGCCCAGCGCCAAGCAGCUCAUCCUCACCACCGCGGACAGCCUGGUCCCCGGCAGGAUCCAGAUCGUCACGGACUCUGCCUCCGUGGAGCGUUUGCUGGGGAAGGCGGACGUCCAGCGGCCCCAGGUGGUGGAGUACUGUGUGGUCUGCGGUGACAAAGCCUCCGGCCGCCACUAUGGGGCCGUCAGCUGUGAAGGCUGCAAGGGCUUCUUCAAAAGGAGCGUGAGGAAGAACCUGACCUACAGCUGCCGGAGCAACCAGGACUGCGUCAUCAACAAGCACCACCGCAACCGCUGCCAGUUCUGCCGCCUCAAGAAAUGCCUGCAGAUGGGCAUGAAAAUGGAAUCUGUGCAGAGUGAGCGGAAGCCGUUCGACGUGCAGCGGGAGAAGCCCAGCAACUGCGCCGCCUCCACGGAGAAGAUCUACAUCCGCAAGGACCUGAGAAGCCCCCUGAUCGCCACGCCCACGUUCGUGGCGGACAAGGACGGAGCGAGACAAACAGGUCUUCUUGAUCCAGGGAUGCUUGUGAACAUCCAGCAGCCUUUGAUCCGCGAGGACGGCACGGUUCUCCUGGCCACGGAUUCCAAGGCCGAAACGAGCCAGGGAGCUCUGGGCACACUGGCCAACGUGGUGACCUCCCUCGCCAGCCUCAGCGAGUCCUUGAACAAUGGCGACACUUCAGAAAUCCAGCCGGAGGACCAGUCUGCGAGCGAGAUCACUCGGGCGUUCGACACCUUAGCGAAAGCACUUAGUACCACGGACAGCUCCUCGUCCCCCAGCCUGGCGGACGGCGUGGACGCCGGUGGCGGAGGGGGCAUCCACGUCAUCAGCAGAGACCAGGCGACACCCAUCAUCGAGGUCGAGGGGCCCCUCCUCUCAGACACGCACGUCACGUUUAAGCUGACGAUGCCCAGCCCCAUGCCCGAGUACCUGAACGUGCACUACAUCUGCGAGUCCGCGUCGCGCCUGCUCUUCCUGUCCAUGCACUGGGCCCGCUCCAUCCCCGCCUUCCAGGCGCUGGGGCAGGACUGCAACACCAGCCUGGUGCGGGCCUGCUGGAACGAGCUCUUCACCCUCGGCCUGGCCCAGUGCGCGCAGGUCAUGAGUCUCUCCACCAUCCUGGCCGCCAUCGUGAACCACCUGCAGAACAGCAUCCAGGAAGACAAGCUUUCCGGCGAGCGGAUCAAGCAGGUCAUGGAGCACAUCUGGAAGCUGCAGGAGUUCUGCAACAGCAUGGCGAAGCUGGACGUGGACGGCUACGAGUACGCCUACCUCAAAGCCAUAGUUCUCUUCAGCCCCGAUCACCCGGGUCUGAGCAGCACGAGCCAGAUCGAGAAGUUCCAGGAGAAGGCGCAGAUGGAGCUGCAGGACUACGUCCAGAAAACCUACGCGGAAGACACCUACCGGUUGGCGCGGAUCCUCGUCCGCCUGCCGGCGCUGCGGCUGAUGAGCUCGAGCAUCACGGAGGAGCUGUUCUUCACCGGCCUCAUCGGCAACGUGUCCAUAGACAGCAUCAUUCCCUACAUCCUCAAGAUGGAGACGGCGGAGUACAACGGCCAGAUCACCGGCGCCAGCCUAUAGUGCGCCGCGCCCGCCGGAGCCGUCGCACGCGGAGAACGGCGGCGGCGGUGUCCGGCGUGCGCAGGGCUCUGCGGUAUGUUCGCCGUCCCCUGCCCGGUUUCUCCUCGCCCGUCACUCCCCAGACCACAGCCGCGAAGGCGAGCGGGACCCCCUCCCGCCAGGAGAGGGGUUCUCACGCCUGUGGAUGAAGCAGCAGAUUUUGGAACAGUCUUUUAACUCCAUUUGUACGUAGAAAUUCUCAAAGGGCAAAAAACGAAAUGAGGUUUUAUAAUGUCAGAGACUAGUAUUAAAGGAAACUAGAGGACAGUACGUGUGUACAUAUGUGAGACGUCCUAGCAACGCCAGGGCAGCAGCGCCAGCACUUUCCGAGCACUUCCACCGACGCGCGAUGUCGGCGACGCCUGCCCGUGGGCGGGGCCAGUGGGAAGUUGUGUGUGUCUUUUGCCGAAAUGCUAAUGAAUUCUGUGACAGCUCGCCAGGGUACGGUAGACAAUCAUUUG